CGGACCACCGGCGCCGCCGUAGUGUUCCCAGAUCGUGUCCAUUGUGAUGUUGUGAACCGAACGGGAUUUUUAGCAGUACGCACCGGGGCAGAGCUAAAACUAGACAAUUUGUUUUUUGAAAAACAGUGUCGGAAAAUGAAACGAGAAAAAUUUUAACGGAAAAUAUAAUAUUUCGUGCGCACCCGUCGGAUAACCUAGUACACCGUCACCGUAGUGUCGGUGAAAUAAUAGUUAUUGCGAACCGGGAAGAUCCGAGAGGCGAGACGAAGACAAAUUCGCAGUCUGCCGUCUCCGUCCGUCACGUGUAGUGUCGUGUGCGCGAGUGCAAAUAAAUCGUCGUCGAGUAGAUAUCCGGCGUUGAAGACGGACUUUGGAGCAUUUCUUCGAGCACUGCUGAUGUUCACACCAAAGCGUCAAAAAUACGUUUAAACUUUAAACUCGUCAACCAAGUUUACUCAUGUAAAACGUGGCCGAGAUAAAAGGUUAGGACCACAGCAAACGGUACUGCCAGCACCUGAGUCACAGUCGGCUGACGUGCGUUGACGUGUCCGCCGCACUGAAGGCGUUUGCAACCACCGGAAGUUGAGAGUCCCGGUGUCCGGUGCAGAGGAAGAGCCUGCGGACGACCCGAGAAACGGAACGGGAGCGGGAGCGGACGAGCGGGCGCGGGCGGCGUCGGUGACAAUAUACGACGGCGGUGACGACGCGCUCACGCCGGCCCGUCCGCGCCCAACGGUCGUGAUCGCGACUUUGCCCCGUGAUCUGUGCCACGACGAGAUGAUCGCGCCCGGCUGCGGCGGUGGUACAAACAAUGGUUGGCGGUGGUGAUACCGCCGUGCCGGGGCGCCGGUCAUCAUGCGUUCCGAGCGGUCGGAGCGGCCAUCGCCACUGUUGCAGCAGCUACCGCGGUCCUGCCACAGAAUCCGCACCGGGAUACCGCUACCGUGGUCGUCGUCGUCGUCGUUGUUGUUGUUGUUUCUAAGGGGUGGUCGUCAUCUUGGCAGCCACCACCACCGCCACCAGCACCAGCGCCGAGCCCGGCUGACCUUCGCCGUCGACGCCGCAGCCGCUUGGUGUUACCACCAUGCGGCUGGUGCAGAGCAUCGCGGGCCGACGCGAGUCCGCGGACGCGCAACCCGCCACGUCCACUAGCAGCACGCGCCUGCUGCACCACGGCCAGUCGGCCGACCUCGAGCAGAUCAGCAUCGUGUCUUCGAACGCCACUCCGUCGCAAGUCACGUACGGCACUGGUUUGGUCACGGCCAAUGGACCCAGGAUAGUACCAGGAACUAUCACCAGCACAGGGCGAAUUGGCGAACGACUUAGCAUAUCUGGCACGAGAUUAGAUACUGGGAGUCCAGUAAGAUUCGGUACUAAAUCCAGCGUCGAAUCACUUAGGCUUUCUGCUGGCCGACAAAGCUUACUCGACUUGGUAGGAUGUAGAUUCGGCGUAAGUCGAAAACCACCUCAGACCUGUUUCUCCCACUCCCGAGACUCGUUGACGCCGGUUUACACAAACCAGACUAGCAGUUGUCUACCGGGUGGCAUAGCCAGCUCGGAUUCGGACAUAGCGGCCAAGGCGGGUGGCAAAUCGUCCUCCGGGCAGCACCGUCCGAGCCGGGUCAACUUUGAUGGCACCGGCGCUGGGGUGGGCGACGGUGGUGGCGGAGGCGGCGAUGGGGGUAACACCGGAAGCGGAAGUGCUUCCGGUGCGGCAACGGCGGCGGCGUCAAGUGGCGGUGGUGGAGCCGACGGAACUGGUGGAGGCAGCACCACGACUGGAAGGGCGUCGUACAACAACGCCCGCGGUUCCAUCUGCUUCGACGGCGGCCGGCAGAAGAACGGCGGUCCCCGGCAGUACAGAGACCGGACGUCCGACCGAGUCAAGGGCAUACGGUGGUCGUUUGUGUUUGACCCCGCCGGACAACUCUGCUACUACUGGAACAUGGUCGUGUCCAUGGCGUUCCUCUACAAUUUCUGGGUGAUCAUAUAUCGGUUCGCGUUCAGUGAAAUCAACCGUAACACGAUCGUGGUUUGGUUUUGUUUGGACUAUAUAUGUGAUCUGCUUUACGUGAUCGACAUAUUAUUUCACUUUCGCACGGGUUACCUGGAGGACGGCGUGCUGCAAACGGAUGCCGCCAAACUGCGCAACCACUACAUGAACUCGACUACGUUCUACAUUGACUGCCUGUGCCUGCUGCCGUUAGACUUCCUCUACCUGUCCAUAGGGUUCAACUCGAUCCUCCGAUCAUUUCGGAUAGUAAAGAUCUACCGGUUCUGGGCGUUCAUGGACCGCACCGAGCGGCACACCAAUUACCCGAACCUCAUCCGAUCCGGUAGCCUCAUCCACUACCUGUUGGUGAUAUUUCACUGGAACGGGUGUCUCUACCACAUCAUCUACAAGAACAACGGGUUCGGUAGCAAAAACUGGGUAUACACGGACUCGGAUACCGAGGAGACGGACACGGUUAAGCGGUACCUGCAAAGCUACUACUGGUGCACCCUGGCGUUGACCACCAUCGGCGACUUGCCCAAACCAAGGAGCAAUGGCGAGUACGCGUUUGUCAUAUGCCAGUUGCUGUUCGGUCUCCUACUGUUUGCAACCGUGCUCGGCCACGUGGCAAGUAUUGUGGUGAGCGUGAGCGCGGGCCGCAAAGAAUUCCAAGCGAAAUUGGACGGUGUUAAAACCUACAUGCGAAUGAGAAGAGUACCGAAUCACUUGCAGACCAAAGUGAUUAAAUGGUUUGACUACCUCUGGUUAACGCAAAAAUGUUCAGACGAAGAAAAAGCCAUUAGCUGUUUACCGGAUAAACUAAAAGCUGAGAUCGCAAUAAACGUACACUUGGACACGCUGAAAAGGGUAGAAAUCUUUCAGAAUACGGAAGCAGGAUUCCUUUGUGAACUGGUGUUGAAAUUAAGACCCGUGUUGUUUUCUCCCGGCGAUUAUAUUUGUAGAAAAGGGGAAGUUGGCAAAGAAAUGUACAUAGUCAGCAGAGGGAAACUACAAGUGGUCACCGACGAUGGCAAGUCGGUUUUAGCAGUACUUCGAGCAGGGUCAUAUUUUGGAGAAAUCAGUAUACUUAAUAUGGGAACAGCAGGGAAUAGGCGGACUGCUUCAGUCCGGUCAGUAGGGUAUAGCGAUCUGUUCGUUUUGUCAAAAAAAGAUAUGUGGGACGUGCUCAAGGAAUACCCAACUGCCAGAAUCAGACUAGAGGCAAUAGCGACCAAACGUCUGGAAAAGUACAAAACUGAUCCUAGCCCAGACGAUAAAUUAGAAGGAUUAGUCGGAAGGCGAUGCAAGUCGACGCCUGGAAUCGUAGAAAGCCAAAUUAAAGUAGAAGAUGAGAUGUGGUUGCAAUCCAGCGAAGGUCUUUUAAGGCCUGCGGCUACAUUUAACAGUAACAUCAAUAACAGAACAUCAUUCAGUCCUACCGCAAGUCCUAGUUUCAGAUCAAAUGCCGCAGCUACUUUAGAGUCCCCUCUGUCUAGUAAAUAUUCUCUAGAUCAAGAACACCACCAUCACCACCAUCAUCAUGUUCAAGAUGCUCAAAAACCACAAGCGACAACUUCGGGUGUAGGUAAAGAUGCAACGAUGGUGUCCGCAUUGGAAGCAGAAAUCAAUAGACUACAAGAACGUUUGAUAGCUGUGGAAACAGAAAACUUGUACCUCAACAAAAAAGUUACUCAACAGCGAUGGGACAUGGACCACAGGCUUGCUGAAAUUGAGAUGCAGAUUUGUAAAGACGUUGGAAGUAGUGCAGAUAGUAGUUGUGAUGAUAACGAGAGAAAUAAAGAGUCAAUCAUCUAAAUGAUUUUUCCAAUUGAAUUUAAAAAAAACAGAUUCAUCUGCGCCAAAGACUGACGUCAAUAUUAUAUCGAGUUAUAAAUUGUAUUUUUUUUUUUAAUUACCAGGGUGAAAUUUAUAAAACCCAGGAAACUGCAAUUAUUUUGGUUCACAUAAUAUAAACAGAUGAAUUUACUAAUAACGCGCGUAAGAUUCAGGCCUAAUAAACAUAUUUUUAAAACUCAAAAUGAAAUUUCUUCAACCUCAUGUGAUUAAUUGAUAAUUACAGGCUCGAAUGAAUUAAAUUAUUCUUGAUAAAACACAUAUAAAUACUAAAUGGAAAUUUCUCUUCUACUUAGUGAAGUAUUCGCGUUUUGCAUUUUAGAAAUUGAAUCAUAAGAUAUUUACAUGUCAUGAGCUGAUUAAGAUAUACAUUAUACAUCCUACGUAGGUAUAUAUCUAAAUGUACGUAUGAUGUCAUGUAAAUAUAUUAUAUUAAUAACAGCAUUUUGAAGCUGAUACCGAUCAUGCAAAUUGUUAGAAAAGUUAAAAAAUGUUUGUUUGAUGCCCACCGACGUUUUUAAAUAGGUACCAAUUAUUUGUUGUUUUUUUCAAUUACAAUUGUUAACUUAUCAAAGUCAUAAUUAUAUAAAUAUAUAUAUAUAGUUGCAGUGUUGUCCCUUAUUGUAAUAUUGCAGUAAGUUCCUGUACAACGUUUAUUAGAUAAACAUUUAAAUUAUGGGGACCAAAUGAUUAAAUCGGUCAAUGACUUUGUCACCUGCAUAGAAUUGCAAAACCAAUAAUAUAUGUAAUUCAAAACUUCUAUUUAAAGAAAUUAUUUUCAAAUUUGACAUUUCCUACAAUUUCCUUUAGUAAUGUGUUUGUUUGUUAUUUUUUAGUAUUUAAUUAGUUUAUAUAGACACGGUUUAAUGAUAACACACGUCUAGUUAGACAUACAAUGUACUAUGAGCUUUUUUUAUAUAUAUUUUUAAACAUACCUAUUAGUAUUUAUUAUUUGAUUAACAUAUAUUUAUUUUAUUAGAUUAUCAUAAUCCUUAUAUCCUAUAACAUCCAAGCUAUAGGUAUACGAGCUUGGCCCUUUUUUUUUCAUUAAAUUAACGUUAGGCCAGCAUAUAAUACUAUUUAGAGAAAUACUGUACAAAAUUUUUAUUUGUGAAGAAAUAUAUUGUAAAUAAUAUAUAAUAAUAUAUAUUAUAUUACUGUCAUUAUGAAAAGUGUUGAUUAUCUUGUUGCUUUAUUAUUAUUAUACAGUUAUAAUUUUUAUGCAAAGUGUUCUCAAAAUAGAUAAUGAAAAAAAAAAUAAUAACAUUUGAAUUAAUAAAUGAAUACUUGAAAUUGUUAUAUUAAAUUUAAUGUAAGUAAAAUAAUAAAAUAAAAUAUUAAAAAGUAGUAAAGUAAAGUUGAUUUAAAAUGUGAAGUUAUUUUUCCGGCGAAAUAACAUUUUUUUUAUAUAUAUUAUAUAUUUUAUAUAUAUAUAUAUAUAAAUAUAAUAUAUACUAAAAAAAGACAUAAAAACACUUUUUUUUAAAUUACAUUUUACCUACGUAUGUAAAUAUAUACCUAUGUAUAUACAUAUGAUAAGUAUGCGAACAAAUUUUAAGACACUUUGUAUAAUUUUAUAACUAUGAGUAUUAUAUUAUUAACUUAUUUAUAAAAAUUAAAACUUUUAUUCGAUUUUUUUUUUUAAUUAUGUAUAUUUACCAUUAAAUAAUUAAAUUUAUUUUCCACAAUGUCAUAGUAUCAUACAUCGAUUAUACAAUAAAAAUAAAAUUCUUAAAAUAUUA